AUGAAAUCCUCCUCGACAAAAGUCCCCAACGGCCACGGCAGCCUCUACAAGGAGGUGCGCUUCUCCCCUACCGCAACCCCCAUUCGGCGUACGCAGUCGGUGCCACACACCCACGCCGUCCAUCAUGCGCAAAUGCUUGGCGGUAAGGGUGACUCUGCGACGUUGAGCGCAAGCUACCUCCAGCAGGUGCAGGCCCUCCUUGACCGCCAACGGACGAUGAUAGAAACCGAACGGACCCUUUUCGCACAAGAGCGAGAAUUGUGGAUACAUGAGCGUCAUAUCCUGCUGGCCCGCAUCACCGAAUUGGAAGCACUCUUGCAGGAUCAGGGCGACACCAGUAGGAGUAGGGGGAACAGCAUGCAUACAGCAAUUUCGACGGGCGCAUCGGUCCCAAAACGGUCCAUAUCUUUCCAACUGCCGUUUGGGGCCCCGCACUCGUCUGAUCGAAACGCCGCGACCGCCGCCCAGGUGUGGGAGGGUUCCAGCCCCGGGAGCCGGCCCACCCGGGUGUUUGCCGACGAGGAGCCCUCGGACCAACAGCACUUGUCGAUCCCCGAGCAAGGGAGCCACACGUCCGGUGCUCUAUCAGUGUCACCUCCUUCUCUCGACGCGGCCCUAUCGCCCAAGUCGCGCGCCGUCGAUUCGACAGCAAAUGCCAGUGUCCCGGUGCCGAUCGAGAAGCUCGACAGCAAGCUCGACGGCAUCACGCUGAAAUCGUCCGCUCUGCCGCCGGAAAUCGUCGCGCGUGUCAUGACGCCCCCAUCCCCGGUGUCCCGGGAGACCUCCCCGUCGUCGGCGUCCCAGAAAGCCCUGGAGCGCCGCAGCAGCCUCAAGCUAAAAUUGUCUGAUCUAGGCCCCCCGGAGACCAAUCUCGUAAGGGAUGCAGGGCACACCCCGAUGGUGUGCAUCGACCGUGAUGAGGAAGCGGCGCAGCUCUCGCCAAAGGGCGACCCCUUGGAUACAGAGGGACUCCUUGCUCCGGCUGCACCGCGGCAACCUGCAGAAAACUCCGACUCGUAUUUCGCCGACUUGCCCGAUGAUCCCGCCCUGAAGGGGCCCCUCUCGUUGAUCAACGAAGAGGAGCAUGAUAGUGACUUUCUGAAGGAGCUGAACCAGAAGCUUUUGGACGAGGCCAGGCAGGUCCUUGGGCGCUCGGAGUCCCAGGAGAAGGAGGAUGAACCCGACCUCCCCGAGCAGGGCGAACAGGAUCCGGAGAUCAAGUUUAAGAAAACCACGAAUUUUGGGACGGCCUUUGGAACGGAGCUACGCUGA